AAAUCACUCCAAAAAAAACAGGAAAACUACAGUGAGCAAAUAUCAAAAAAUAAUGCUGCCAAUGCAAUCAGAGAGCAUUUCUCCGUUUUUUCCUCCUCUCUGCUUGUGCUCUGUGCCUCCUGUUCUCCCAGAGCACUGCAGCUCCUCCCUCCACCUCUCAUCGGCGGCCCCUCCCUCUUCCUCUCUUGCUCUGCUAGGUGCAGCAGCGGCGGCGGCGGCAGCAUGCAUGUGAGUGUGUGUGAGGCAGCAGAGCCGCCUGUGUGUUUACAUGUCAGCCUAUCAGUGCUGCUGGAUUUAGCGCAUCUGGAGAGGACGGAGGCAUUUCUCAAAUGCCCCCUCAGACAAGGGAUUCUCAUCUCCGCACACAUCCCUCCUAACAGCUCGAUUCUGUCCUGAAUUCUGCAUCCCUGACUCCCAUGCUUUCGGAGGCAUUUUGAAUUUCCUUGGCAACAUGGAGCUGCCUGAAUUAGAAUUCUCUGCAUGACAGUCCUGGCAAGCAGAAGGAUGGUGUUUGGGGAGACAGGUGGGCACAGCUACUUGGUGGCAUGCUGGCAGCCCAUCCUGAUCCUUAUGCUGGGCACCGUCCUUUCUGGCUCCACCACCGGCUGCCCUUCCCGAUGUGAAUGCAACGGUCAAGAGCGUUCCGUCGUGUGUCAUCGACGGAGACUGGCAGCUCUGCCUGAGGGUAUUCCAACUGAAACGAGGCUAUUAGACCUCAGCAAGAACCGUCUAAAGACCCUGGGGCCUGAGGAGUUCAUUAACUAUCCUCUGUUGGAGGAACUGCAACUCAACGAGAACACAAUUUCGGCCGUCGAGCCAGGGGCGUUUAGCAACCUCAUGAACCUUCGGACCCUUGGUCUCCGCAACAACCAGCUAAAGCUUAUUCAACUGGGGGUGUUCACAGGCUUGGUCAACCUCACACAGUUGGAUAUAAGUGAGAAUAAAAUUGUCAUUCUGCUAGACUAUAUGUUCCAAGAGCUAUACAACCUGAGGGCUUUGGAAGUUGGUGACAAUGACCUUGUCUUCAUCUCACCUCGAUCAUUUCAUGGCCUGAGCAACCUUGAAAGCCUAAAUAUUGAGGGACACAAAUUGUCCUCAGUGCCCACCGAUGCCCUUAGCCAUCUGCAUAAUCUGUUGUCACUUCGAUUACGUUAUCUCAAUGUAACUGUCAUAAGAGAUUACUCUUUCAAGAGGCUCUAUAGACUAAGAGUGCUGGAGAUCGCUGACAUGCCGACCCUGGAUACCAUGACACCGAAAUGCUUGUUUGGGUUAAAUCUCACAACACUGGCCAUUACAAAUUGUAAUCUUAGCACCAUCCCAUAUCAAGCCAUGAAUCACCUGAGACAUCUUCGUUUUCUGAAUUUGUCUUUCAACCCCAUUCAGACAGUGGAAGGGAACAAAAUGUUUAACUUACAGAAACUCCAGGCUUUUUAUUUGGCUGGUGGAAAAUUGGUGGCUAUUGAGCCUUACUCUUUCAAAGGACUCAACCAUCUCCGUGUGUUCAACGUAUCAAACAAUAGCUUGAGCACUCUUGAAGAGUCUGUUUUUCAUUCCGUUGGAAACCUGGAGACCCUUGCUCUGUACGACAACCCUCUGGCUUGUGACUGCCGUCUUCUCUGGGUCUUCCGCCGCCGGUGGAGGCUCAACUUCAACAAACAACAGCCAAUAUGUGCUUCACCUCCUAUUGUUGAAGGAAAAGAGUUCAAAGAUUUUCCAGAUACACUCCCUCCCGACUACUUUGUCUGCCAAAAGUCAAAGAUUGUGGAUUACCUGGUUCAAGAAAGUCAUGUAGAUGAAGGAACUACAGUUAUUUUUGGUUGUAAGGCUGAGGGAAAUCCAGUUCCCACCAUAAUUUGGGUUACUCCAAAAAAGGAAUAUAUCACCACCAAGACCCUUGGGACAAGACUUUCCGUGUCAAGUGACGGUUCGCUGGAGGUACGCUACGCCCAAAUCCAAGACAAUGGCACCUACUUUUGCAUUGCAAGUAAUGCAGCCGGCAAUGACACCAAAGCUGCACACCUUUUUGUGCAUAGCUACUCCCCGAACUGGCCUCACCAACCAAACAAGACAUUUGCGUUCAUUUCCAACCAGCCAAGUGAUGAAGGUGCUAAUGUGACCCGGGCCACGGUUCAGUUUCCAUUCGAUGUAAAAACACUAAUCAUUGCGACCACCAUGGGAUUUAUUUCUUUCCUUGGAGUGGUACUUUUCUGUCUGGUAAUCCUAUUCCUCUGGAGUAGGGGGAAAGACAACACCAAGUCAAGUAUUGAGGUUGAGUAUGUGCCGCGUAAGGAGGAAACCGAGGAGACCAGUCCAACUGAGGCACAAGUACAGUUCAACAUGAAAAUCAUGUGAGCUCCUGGACGGGGACAUGUAAGCAACAAACUGCAGUCAAGAUGCAAACAAUCCCAGCUUAAGACAUGUACUCAACUUAAACAAUAGAAAUUGCACAGCAAUGAACACAUCCUGACACUACACUAUAUAAUCUUUUUUUUUUUUUAACUUUAGGGAUUGAAUCUUUUAAAGGAAAUGUUGCAUUUCCGUUACUCAUAUUUCUGUAAAUUUCUGUGGGCAGAAAUCAGUAUGUUAACAUGCACACGACAUUUCCAUUUAGGAAGCCCAAAACGAGGGUAACACAUGACUAAAGCACAGUUUGUAUCAAUAGCAGAUUUGUAUUUGAAAGUAUUGAGAGAUCCAUUUGUCAGUGGCAGAUUUAUUUUUGUGACAAAGGGACUGUGGAAAAGGGUUUUUUGAUCAUUACUGUUUGCUGAGAUGGAUGAACAAAGCACAAGUACCCUUUGUAAGAGCCAAUGCUGUGUUGUCUAAAAUGCUGAUGUAAACACAAAUUACCAUCAUUCCAUUUUAGCAGUUAGAAAUAAGGGCAUGCGUACAGAAUAAAGAUUACAUCAAGAAAGGUGUCAUGCAAUAAUAAACACAAACCUAGAAAUGCUUGCAGAGGUGUAGCACACAAGGAAGGAGAAAUGAUGGAUGUUUUUCUGUCUGUCAAUUGCUUAAAAGUACCCUCUAAAGCACGUGUCAAAGUCAAGGCCCGGGGGCCGGAUCCAUCCAGCGGGGUAAUUACAACCGGCCCUCCAGAUCAUAUUAUAUUAUUAUUAUUAUUAUUAUUAUUAUUAUUAUUAUUAUUAUUAUUAUUAUUAUUAUUAUUAUUAUUAUUAUUAUUAUUAAGGGUCCAAUGUUAUCUUGCUAACUUAUUGAAGCAACACUACAAUCAUGGAGGAUAAGGGAUCAGUUAGAAUGACUUCUGGCUUUCUUCAUUAAACACAGAUUUUACAUCACAAGGAUGUCAUCAUCCUCUUCCCCCCUUUCACUCAUGGUGUGGAAAGGAGUAAACAUAACAGGAUAAAACAACUAAGGGCAAAACAGAGUUAAACAGCCAGACAACAAAUGGAAUGGUAAAACCAACACUAAAACCCCAAUCCGCCCAGACGGGUAAAGGGAAUGAUAUCCCACUGUUCGGCCCGCAAACCACUUUCAGAUUUCAGCUCCCUGUGCGAUUGAGUUUGACACCCCUGUUCUAAAGCUACGUACACACUGAGCCUUUGACAAGUUCAAGAAACUUGCAGGGUUCACACUGGACAAGAAUGGAGGGGCUUCCUCUUCUUCUUCUUUUUUUACCAGCACAUCUCCAACAGUUGGAAGAGGCUUGGUACGAAAUGUCAAAGUGGUGCAAAUGUAGCAAUUUGGGCACAAAAUGGUUUCAUCCUUGCAAUGGUGAAUAUGGAUUACCAUCGUGUCAGGAUAGGGGUCUGGGUUUUAUUUUAAUUUGAAAAUCAAAAACCUAUACUAAUAGCCUCAUCACCGUAACAUCACCAAAAAAAAAAAAAAUCCAAACGUCACCUCCAAAUUCAAGCCCCUGAUUGGUCAAAGUUCAAUGACCACAGGUUUUGUAUGUAAAGUCCAAAAAGCAGCUUACCUAUCCGUGAGUUUUGAGCACAGAAUCCUGAAACGUGUUCAGACUUUUUAUUGAAAAUGGCCACUUGAACACCCAUUGCCAAUUAAGGGCAGUGUGUGCGUAGCUUUACUCUGAACUCCAAAUCUUGCAUUGACUGUUUAUCUACCAGUGGCCAUAGGAAUAUUAUUUUGCAAAACCUUUGUAAUUCUCUGUCUGACUAUUCCUUUCAACCGCUAACCCUUAAUUUAAAACUGUGCAUGUUAACACACUGAGUGAGAAAAGAAGCUACAGUUUCUGCUACUUUCAGUUUGCAAAGAAAGUGUGUCAUUAAAUGUAUUGAAAUGUUGCGAUAUACAUAUUUUUUCUGUAUUUUAUUCCUCCUUGUACAUUACGCUAUUGCAAAAUAGUAAUGUUUUGAUGGCUGUGGUUUUUGAAUAUACUGCAACCCAAAGAGCAGAUUAAAUAUCCAUUAAAAUGUUUUUGAUGUAACAUGA